CGUUACCUAUAAAACUCAAAGCUCAGCUCAUUAUCACUUUAAACUUCAAAGUAUUCACACACACUCUCACUUUCCACUGCUUCAAGAACACUAAAUCCUACCUAAUAAUUUAUGGAUGUCUUCUCUUCUUUAUCCGAUCCCAACUCUUAUGGAUCGCCGUUAUCAGAUGGGGGAAGCAGUCGCCCUCGGAAUUUCUCGGACGACAAUGAGGCUGAGGUUCUCCUAGCGUCCGAGAACCCAAAGAAGCGAGCCGGGAGGAAGAAGUUCCGGGUGAUGAGGCACCCGGUGUACAGGGGCGUGAGGCGCAGGGACUCAGGUAAGUGGGUGUGCGAGGUCCGCGAGCCAAACAAGAAGACGAGAAUAUGGCUGGGGACGUUCCAGAACGCUGAGAUGGCCGCCCGGGCCCACGACGUGGCAGCCCUUGCGCUGAAGGGCCGCCGCUCGGCCUGCAUCAACUUUGCUGACUCCGCAUGGAGGCUCCCGGUUCCUGACUCAGCCGACCCCAAGGACAUCAGGAAGGCUGCUGCCGAUGCAGCUGAGGCGUUUCGGCCUAUGGAAGCAUCAGAUGGAGCUUUAUCCAGCGAAGAGAUGGGGAACGAGACGAAGGAGGUGGUGUCAUCGGUCGUGGAGGAGAGGUCGUCUAUCUCCGAUAUGGAUGAGAAGGCAUCCGCCUUCAGCAUGCCAGAGCUGCUGGCCGAUAUGGCGGCAGAAGGGCUGUUACCGCCACUGCAGAGCAAUGGAGAUGGCUAUAUGGAGGAUGAGGAAGGAGAUAUAAAUGCUUACGUGUCACUCUGGAGCCAUUCUAUUUGACAUUGAUCGACUCUCGUCAUUAGAUCGAUUUUCUCUUCUUCUUGUUUCUUCUCUUCUUUUGGGUAGAAAUAGAAUCCUCACUGCUCUUUUGAGGUAAAGACGCCGUCUCCGUUCCGUGCUUAUUGUUUUUUAGAGCAGGUACGGACCUAAUUAGAUAUAAUUAAAGAGAAGAAAACGUGAGAGAAGCAACGAGCGUAUGUAUGCCUUUUUUUUUUUUACCAAUGCUGUGAAUAUAUUGUAAGUGAAUAGAUGCUGUUGUAAAACAUCAUUCUUAAUCUUGCAUGUAAAUAUGGGUAUCAAAUACUAUCGCCGGGAUUGAUGGUUUUGCAA